AUGGGGCUGCCUACUCUGGAGUUCAGCGAUUCCUACUUGGACAGCCCGGAUUUCAGGGAGCGCCUGCAGUGUCACGAGAUUGAGCUGGAGCGAACCAACAAGUUCAUUAAGGAGCUCAUUAAGGACGGCUCUCUGCUCAUCGGGGCGCUGAGGAAUCUGUCUAUGGCAGUACAGAAAUUUUCCCAGUCACUGCAAGAUUUCCAAUUUGAAUGUAUUGGUGAUGCUGAAACAGAUGAUGAAAUCAGUAUUGCUCAGUCACUAAAGGAAUUUGCAAGACUACUCAUUGCCGUAGAAGAAGAAAGGAGAAGACUGAUUCAAAAUGCUAAUGAUGUAUUAAUUGCUCCACUUGAGAAAUUUCGCAAAGAACAGAUAGGUGCAGCAAAAGAUGGAAAGAAGAAGUUUGAUAAGGAGAGUGAAAAGUACUAUUCUAUUCUUGAGAAACAUUUAAAUUUGUCUGCAAAGAAAAAGGAAUCUCAUUUGCAAGAGGCAGAUACACAGAUUGACCGAGAACAUCAAAAUUUUUAUGAAGCGUCACUAGAAUAUGUCUUUAAAAUUCAAGAGGUUCAAGAAAAAAAGAAGUUUGAAUUUGUUGAACCGCUUUUGUCUUUUCUGCAGGGUUUGUUUACUUUUUACCAUGAGGGAUACGAACUCGCCCAGGAAUUUGCACCUUACAAGCAACAGCUUCAGUUCAACUUGCAGAACACAAGGAAUAAUUUUGAAAGUACUCGACAAGAGGUAGAGCGGUUGAUGCAAAGAAUGAAAUCUGCCAACCAAGACUACAGACCACCCAGCCAGUGGACAAUGGAAGGCUAUCUUUAUGUCCAGGAGAAACGACCACUUGGUUUUACAUGGAUUAAACAUUAUUGUACAUAUGAUAAGGGAAGUAAAACAUUUACAAUGAGUGUUUCAGAAAUGAAAUCCAGUGGGAAAAUGAAUGGCCUUGUUACUGGUUCACCAGAAAUGUUUAAAUUGAAAUCUUGUAUCCGACGAAAGACAGAUUCAAUUGACAAACGAUUCUGCUUUGACAUAGAAGUAGUUGAAAGGCAUGGAAUCAUCACAUUGCAGGCAUUCUCAGAAGCUAAUCGGAAACUCUGGCUCGAAGCCAUGGAUGGGAAAGAACCAAUUUACACCCUGCCUGCCAUUAUUAGCAAGAAAGAAGAAAUGUAUUUAAAUGAAGCAGGGUUCAAUUUUGUGAGAAAAUGCAUACAAGCUGUGGAAACAAGAGGCAUCACUAUUUUAGGCCUCUACCGAAUAGGAGGAGUGAACUCCAAAGUUCAGAAACUCAUGAACACGACAUUUUCUCCAAAGUCCCCUCCUGACAUUGACAUUGAUAUUGAAUUGUGGGAUAAUAAGACAAUAACAAGUGGGCUGAAAAACUACCUCAGGUGUCUUGCAGAACCACUGAUGACUUACAAGUUACACAAAGAUUUUAUUGUUGCAGUGAAAUCCGAUGACCAAAACUACCGGGUAGAGGCUGUACAUGCAUUGGUGCACAAAUUGCCAGAAAAAAACAGAGAGAUGCUGGACAUCUUAAUAAAGCACCUUGUCAAAGUAUCACUACACAGUCAACAAAAUCUCAUGACUGUCUCAAACCUUGGUGUCAUAUUUGGCCCAACUCUAAUGAGAGCACAAGAAGAAACUGUGGCUGCCAUGAUGAAUAUUAAAUUUCAGAAUAUCGUGGUUGAAAUUUUGAUAGAGCACUAUGAAAAAAUUUUUCAUACUGCCCCCGACCCAAACAUUCCGCUUCCUCAGCCACAGUCUCGAUCUGGUUCCCGAAGGACACGAGCAAUCUGCCUUUCCACAGGUUCCCGGAAGCCCAGAGGAAGGUAUACACCGUGCUUGGCAGAACCUGACAGUGACUCUUACAGCAGCAGCCCAGACAGCACACCCAUGGGGAGCAUCGAGUCACUCUCCUCCCACUCCUCUGAACAAAACAGCACAACCAAGUCAGCUUCCUGCCAGGCCAGGGAGAAAUCUGGAGGGAUUCCAUGGAUUGUAUCCCCAUCACCCUCCAAUGGACAGAAAAGUCUUGGACUCUGGACCACUAGUCCUGAAUCAAGUUCUAAAGAGGAUGCAACCAAAACAGAUGCAGAAUCAGAUUGCCAGAGUGUUGCCUCGGUCACCAGCCCGGGGGAUAUUUCCCCACCUAUAGACCUGGUCAAGAAAGGGCCUUACGGGCUUUCAGGACUGAAAAGAGCAUCCGCUUCCUCUCUCAGAUCCAUCUCUGCAGCUGAAGGAAUCAAGAACUACAGUGGAUCCAUUCAAAGCUUAACUUCUAUAGGUUCCAAAGAGAUGCCCAAAGCCCCACCAAACCCAGACCUGCCUCCAAAAAUGUGCAGGAGGUUAAGGCUAGACACUGCCUCAAGCAAUGGCUACCAGCGGCCUGGCUCUGUUGUGGCAGCAAAAGCCCAACUGUUUGAAAAUGUUGGUUCCCUUCAACUGGACUCUUCUGGGCGCCGAGCCAAAGCCAUGUACUCUUGUGAAGCAGAGCACAGCCACGAGCUUUCUUUCCCACAGGGGGCGAUAUUUUCCAAUGUAUACCCAUCAGUAGAACCAGGAUGGUUGAAGGCAACUUAUGAAGGCAAAACCGGACUAGUUCCAGAAAAUUAUGUUGUCUUCCUGUAAGACUGUUUAGUGGAUGGCAGUAUCUUCAUGGUAUCCAUGGUAACAAUAAUAAGUGCUAUGAUUUUAUCUGACACAGAUAUGGGAAUCAGCCCACUAAAUGAAAGGCAAAUCUCUAUCAAGUUCAACACCAGCAGACUACGUAGCUCCCUAUAAAUGAAAAAGGAAAAAAAAUACAUAAAUUGUUUUCCCUGCCAUUCUUUUAAUUUUUCUUCUGGACUGGUUUCUUAUUUUAAAAUCCUGCCCCUUCCCUUGUUUUUGAUAAGUAACUCUGCACAUUGUCUUUUACAUAAGAUAAUAGAAUACUGUGUUAAGUACUAGAUCCCAGAAAUUUGGAAACUAGAAAUUUGUUAUAAGAAUUUUUAGAUAAGUCCUUUACUGUCUGGCAUUCUCUGAGGAGCCUUGAAAUCAUUACUUAAAAAUGUAAUUUAAAUUGUUCAUUUGUUAUUUUUUCUUAUGAGUUUGUUUCUUUUAUAUAUCAUUGU